GGGGCGGGCGCAACUAAGAAAAUUAUAAGGUCAUUUGAAUUACGCCUGCUAGAGAGCUUAUCGGCUACAAUGAACCCGGGAAUGAUAUAAAUGAUCGCGACAAUGAACGGAUGAUGAUCGCGGGGUCAAAGUCGACGCGCACCGCCGGGAGAUUUUGGAGGAGCAGCCGCCGCCGCAGCAGCAGCAGCAGGUCGUUGUUCCGUUAACGACAGGAGGGAUCCCAGUGCGUGUUGUCUGUGUGCGUUUCUCUGUCCAAAGGCGACCGAGCGGCGGUGACGAGCACAGGGGGGGCGACCCGGCCAGCCUGUAAGCCGAUCAAGGUGGAAUCGCACACGACGAGUUUGGAUUUCUGCGCACCUACAUGCUUGUGACGGUGUGAUCGAGGUGCUGCAAGGAUGAUGCGUCUGGCAUGUUGCACAGUCCUGCUGUUCGUAUUGAGGCUGCUGGUGGGCCUGCCUUGGUACCAAGUUCUUCCGGCCGUCCUGAUCUUCUACCUGGGAAGCGGGGGAUGGAAAUUCCUGCAGAUUUUCGCCAGAACAGUCGGCAGAGACUUACACGCGGCGACGGUGUUGUUGCGGGUGAAGAUGAACGUCAGGCGCCACCUCAAAGAGAAGAACACCAUUCCCAAGAUAUUUGCUGAAACAGUGGAACGCUACGGGGACAAAACGGCACUCAUCUUUGAGGGGACUGGAGAGAAGUGGACUUUCCAACAGCUGGAUGAAUACUCCAACAGAGUGGCGAACCUGCUGCUGGAGCGAGGAUUCAGAGAGGGCGAUGUUGUGGCCAUUUUCAUGGAGAACAGGUCUCAGUACGUGGGCCUGUGGUUGGGCAUGGCUAAGAUCGGAGUAGAGGCCGCCCUCAUCAACUUCAACUUGAGACUAGAGGCCUUAGUCCACUGCAUCACCAUCUCCAAUGCAAAGGCUGUGGUUUUUGGAUCGGAGCUCACUGAUGCGGUGUCUGAGGUCCACAGUUCGAUGGGGAAGGCGGUGCAGAUGUUUUGCUCCGGUGACUGGGACCCCAAACGGUUGCCGCAGGGAACCGAGUGCCUGGAGACGCUGCUUGAUGGAGCCCCUUCAUACCUGCCCCGCCGGCCUCAGCGCUGCUUCACAGAUCGCCUGUUCUACAUCUACACAUCAGGAACCACUGGGAUGCCUAAAGCUGCUAUUGUUGUGCACAGCAGGUACUACCGCAUGGCAGCUUUGGUGUAUUACGGCUUUAGGAUGACGUCAGAUGAUGUAUUGUAUGACUGCCUUCCACUCUACCACUCUGCAGGAAACAUAGUGGGAGUGGGUCAGUGCAUCAUACACGGCAUGACUGUGGUCAUCAAAAAGAAGUUCUCUGCCUCGCGGUUCUGGGACGACUGUGCCAAAUACAACUGCACUAUUGUGCAGUACAUUGGUGAGAUCUGCCGAUAUCUGCUCAACCAGCCGGUGCGGGAAGCAGAGAAACGGCAUCGAGUCCGCAUGGCUUUGGGCAACGGUCUGCGCCAGUCCAUAUGGGAGGAGUUCAUGCAACGCUUCAACAUCCCACAGAUUGCAGAGUUCUAUGGAGCCACGGAGUGCAACUGCAGCCUGGGCAACUUCGAUAACAAGGUUGGAGCGUGCGGCUUCAACAGUCAGAUUCUCCCCUACAUCUACCCCAUCAGACUGGUGAGGGUUGAUGAGGAGACCAUGGAGCUCAUUAGGGGUCCUGAUGGCGUCUGCAUUCCCUGUAAACCUGGUGAGCCUGGCCAGCUCGUUGGCAGGAUUAUUCAGAAUGAUCCUCUCCGUAGGUUUGAUGGCUACGUCAACCAAUCAGCAACUAGCAAGAAGAUCGCUCAAAGCGUUUUCAAGAAGGGAGACAGUGCCUAUCUAUCUGGUGACGUGUUGAUCAUGGAUGAGAACGGCCACAUGUACUUCAAGGACCGAACAGGAGACACGUUCCGCUGGAAAGGAGAGAACGUCUCGACGACCGAGGUGGAAGGAACUCUAAGCAGGCUGCUAGACAUGAAAGAUGUGGUUGUUUAUGGAGUGGAAGUGCCAGGAGCAGAAGGAAAAGCUGGAAUGGCCGCCAUCGCUGAUCCGUCUCACUCCACCGACCUGGAGAAGUUUGUGAAGGACAUGGAGAAGGCUCUUCCUCCGUACGCCAGGCCCGUCUUCCUCCGCUUCCUUCCAGAGGUCAACAAGACAGGAACGUUUAAAUUUCAGAAGACGGACCUGCGCCGGGACAGCUUCGAUCCCACUGCGGUGUCCGACAGACUGUACUUCCUGGAUUCCAGCAGAGGGCGCUAUGUGCAGCUGGAUGAGGAGCUUUACCGCUCCAUACUGUCAGGGAAGAACAAAUUGUGAUGCCCCAGCUGAGCACUGCAUCUCCACACAGACACACACACACACUCGUACAAACACACAAAAGAAGACAUUAGUGUGUGUCCAGGAUAGCAGCAAGAUUUUCUCCCCAUACACACAAAUGCAUUUAAAGUAAUAGCCAUACACUUUAGAAGGCCGACACAUUUACAGACACACACAAACACACACGCAUACAUGCAUAUUAUAUUACCAGAAACCACUUUGCUCUCUGAAAUCCCUAAAAAAACCAGACUUAUGCACGGCACACUCAGAAAAACACACGCACCACUCCAUCCAUCCAUCUCCUCAGCCACUCCUCUCGCUACCUCAGCAACCAGAGAGGCGUAAACCCAAUAAGCAGGUCUAUGUGGUAACUUGAAACCACUCUUCAUGGCCACACAUUCUCUGCCCGCACAGCCCAACUCCCAACAACCCCAACCUGUCAACCCCGGUUCAUCAGACCGAGUCGUUCCGCUGGCGAGGGAUGAGGAGUUACAGGCUGCCUAGCAUCCAGAAUGCAAAAACUUGAAAACUGCAGAUAAACACAACCUUAAAGGAACAUGGAUUCAGUGUGUGGGACAACAGAGGGACCUACGUGGACCUAAAAUGUCUCUCUGUUCAUUGUUAUGUUAGUGAGAUUGUUUUGUAAAAGACUGGAGGUUCUGCCGUCGACUUAACCUGCACAGUUAGCCAAACCAGUGUGACACCUGUCCUCCAUCUGGAGUUACAUUCAUCAAAGGAUUUCUCUCUUUUGGCUCUUUGUUAUUAUGUUAAACUUUUCUUUUUUUUUUUGUAAAGGGAACAACAUAAGGAUGUGAGGAAAGCCUUUGACGUGUAACAGAAGUAUAAUUGGACCAGUGGUUGAAGCUGAAAGAUUUUAAAGUGCAAUAGGGCUCCGGUGUUUGAAGUGCAAUAAUCAGCCGCACCGUAUGAGAGCUGAUUUAAAAAAAAAACAAAAAAAAAAGCAGCAACACACCAAAUAUUUUUAAGUUGUAGUGUUUACAUAUUUAAGGAAAUAUGAGCAUCUUUAUUAUUUAUGUUGUCGUGAAAGCUUUUUUUUCUGCUGUAAUACUUUUUUCUGCUUUAUAUGUAUCCAAAUCUUCAUUAGCUCUCGGAGUCCUUCAAAGUAAAGCUGCAGAAAGCAUUUUAUAUCAGCUGCUGGAACACAAACUGCUUCAACCCUGGGCUAAAUACAGGAGGCUUUGGUUGUGUGGCUGUAUUGUGCAGGUUUUGUCCUGAAAAGGUAGACUGCCUAUCUUGGGGUGUGUGUUUAUUCUUCUACAACAUAUGAAGAGCACUUGACUGAAGAGAGAAAAAGCACCAAAAUGCCUGAUCAGCAAGAACUUGAUCUGGUGCUGAAAAAGAGGGAUGUUCUGCCAGAGUCGGGAAGAGCUGAACGAUCCAAAGAUUCAGAGGAACCGGAGGAAGGAGGGGGAUGCAUCGAAAUAGAGCUGUAGAGGACAAGAAAAUGCGCUUCGUCUUUAAUGGUGUCAUCUGUCGUUCGCAGUAGCUGUCAUCAGAGGUUGUAGCAGCAUGAAUGAGCAUCAUCAACCACAAGCAGAGCACUGUGCCUUACUGUGAGUUCACCUCCCAGAUUCACAGGCCCUGGAUGGCAUAUGGGAUCAUAGAUUUCCCCCUUUUCAUCUUUUCUCUUCUCACUCAGCUUCUAUCUUCUGUGGUUUCAUUUGUCACUGAUUUUAUUCGUCUGCUAAGAAGCGACCAGCACCUCCGUCCUGCCAGGUGCAGGAAGAGUUUGUGUUUGUCUCGCUGGGCUGUUGCGGCGCUUUUCCACUAGGACCUACUUGGCUCGACUCGGCUCGACUCCACUCGGUUUGUGAGGUUUUCCAUUAGGACGUAGUACCUGGUACAGGUACUGUUUUAGUACCUACUCGGCCGGGGUUCCCAGUGAGCUGAGUCCAGCUGAUAAUGUGACGUCUACCGAGUACAGGCCACUGAUUGGACAGGGAGUGACAACACACUACUCCUUCCUGAAAACCAAACCCGGCAUUUUUCUAAAGAAACUAGCAACAGCAACGGUGCGCAUUGCUCUUCACAGAACUCUCUGCUCUUCAAAAUCUGAUUGUGGCAACCAGACCUGUACCAUGGGUGAAUGAAGAAAUCGAGAGUUUUCUGUCUUUGGUGGUGGACCAAAGAAUACAGAAGUAGCUGGACAGUGCGACUAGCAGCCAGAAAGUAUAUCAGGAGGUCUCUGAGCGGAUGGUCGCCCAUGGAUACAGUAGGACAAUUAAGCUUUUCCAGAAGCUGGAAAAACUAAAAAAUGAUGUUAAGGGGCUUCCGGGCCGCCAUGCUAUGACAGCUCUACCUACAAUGAGGUAGUACUCAAUUGUAAUGGAAAACGACCGUAACUGAGCCAAGUCGAGUAGGUGCUAAUGGAAAAGCGCCUUUAGUGAGUCCAUAUUCUGCGAGGCUGCUGUCGCUACAUUCGAGGACUCCACCCCACCUGCUUCGCUCCCUUUGAAUCUUUUCUUUAUUUAUUCCUAGCUUUAAUUUGUCGUCUUGCUUUGUGUUUGUCGGUAACCCAAGCUUCCCCACGCUCAGCACUUUUUACUUUAAGCCUUUAUUGUAUUUCUGCCAACCACCCGAAUCCUUCUCCUCUCACCCAUCGGUUCUCUCCCCUCGUUCCUUCCCUUCAAGCCUCUGUUAGAUUCUAUCACGUACCGAGCCUCGUUCUCCGCCACGCCUGCUGCAUCUCGCUGUGCUCACGUCCAUUCAGAAGAACAGCUCUUGAAUACAUCUCAGAUAUUUAGAGAUUCCACUUAGUUUCAUGUAGUUGAGGAGGUUGUUCACUCCAAACCAUUUCCAAGUAUCGUUUGCUGAUGUGUGUUGUGUGUAGUCUGCCGUUAAUCUCCAUUUUAAGUCUCCUACAGUACAGCGAGGCGGGCUGUUGCCAACAUGAACCGUGCAACACGUCAUUUGAAGCUUUCCUGUACCGUAGGCGACUUAAGAGUUUUAUUGUGGCAACACUUAGGCUACUUUGUUUUCUGCAGACUGAUUCCUAAUCCGUUUAACUAUGUUUUCUUCAUUUUUUUUGUUGCACUGACUGACACAGUUGACCUUGAUGGCUGCAGUCUGCCGACAGCAACCAUCAAAGUUGCUGUAAUUUCCCUGAUUCAGUGGGAGAAAAAAAAGACCAACAAAGCCGUUUGACAGGAUCUGAAAUUUGUUCCUGCUUCCUCUGUCUUUCUCUCACGUGUAUUUAUUCUUUAAUGAUGAGUGUGAAAUGUUCUCAUGAAUGUCUGAAAACGUAAACGAGUGAUCAACGAUGACGAUGAUGUAAAGUGUGAUUUGUGUACUGAAGGGAACACAGUUCGGCUGUUAUGAUGCUUCUGACUGAGGGUUUGCUAACCCUGACCACCAGGGGGCGUGUGACUAAACAGCCCCACAGCAGAGCACUCUGAAGAAGAUGUUUCCAUUUUCAUUUUUAAAAAAAAAAAAAAAAAAAAAGAGUUUAAAUUAUUAUUUUUGAAAGAACUGUUAAUUAUACUUUGAUUGUUUCACUCUCUAUGUAUUUGCUUUUGUUUUUCUUUGUGUGAAAUCAUAGCUUUUGUGGUUUUGGUUUUAAAAUGGGGGGGGAGGAUUCUCGCACGAAUGGAAGACAAUCGAAUGGCUGUUUUUGCUACUGUCUUUUUUUUUUUUCGAAAGGCACUAGGAACUAGCCAGGAAUCCGCGUUUUCAGGAAAAAAAAAACAAAUGGUUGUAGAUGUCUGCUCGGAGCCUGUUUGCCAUUUCCACAUUAAUAAAUAUUGCCAGUCAAAGAGAGACACGCACAUGUUUCCAUGCCAUCAUUUGAAAUCUUACGUGACACAUUUUAAAAUUUGGAAUUUCUAAAUGUUUCACUUAAAAUGACUCGACUCUGGCCGAACAAAUCCACUGUUUCCAGGUCAUCUGCAUUUUUUUACAUUCUACACACACUGUAAUUGUAAUCAGUACAUAGAGAUUGUUUUAUUUAUUACUAAAAUGUUUAUUGACAACUUCUAAAGUGUUCUAAAGCCUCAAAGGCAUGGAGCUGCCACCAGUCUUCCUUUCAUAUUGAGAUCAGUGAAGAUGAUCUGAGUGGAAAUCGCCUCAGAAAUAAAUGGUGAGUCACAGUGAGGUCUGAUCUCAGCCUGGCUACAGAUUUGUGUUUUCCAACAUGUCUGUGUCUCUCCUGUCUUACUGUCCUCUCAUUCCUCUGAUCAACGUUUCUCACUUGGCUUUUUGCACUUUUUGUUUGUCCUUUUCCCCCCUUCAUGGUUUGUAUAUAUGUUUGCCCACAUGAGUGAAAAGUUUUUCUUAUUUAAUGUGAUUGUCUUACUGCAGAGUGUAGAGGAGGUCUGUGAGGUGUGUCUGAAACACUGAUGUCCUCUUGUCCACUGAAGGCUAGCUGUAUGUCAUGCAUUUCAAGAAAAUGAGAUAAAAGCAGUGCUGCAAAUGGAAAAAUCAUUAUUAAUAAAAACUAUUUAAAUUGUU